AUGGCUGGCCUUGAUAUCUACUAUGGUGCUUCCACAACGUCAUCAGAUCCCGCCAUUCUGGAUGGGACUCGGAGGGAGGAGGAAGGGGCCGUCGAAAACGGGCCGGCCCCAAGGUUGAAGAGGACGAGAGGGCGGGAUCGAUUACUUCGUGGACUUCAGCGUAUCGCCUCUUCGCCGUCUCUCACUCUAGCUGGCCGUACCCGGUCCUCGAACAGCCCUUACAGCUUAUCCGGCACAUUUUCGUGUGUCAGCCUGUCAUCAACCGGCUCUCCCUUUGGCCAAUUUAGCGACGACGGCUUUUACUUCUCUCAGGCAUCGUCACCAUCAGCCGGCGGCAUGUCUGGUGCCCAAUCAUCGAUCCCGGCUAGCCCGAUUACCGGAUCCCUCUCUCAGGGAGGGCCUAGAUCGUCGCCGGCCGUUCGCCCCGUGGGCGCUACUUUUGUGGUCCCGACGACCGCCUUCGUACCAUAUAACGUCAGAAAGAGGACGGCCAUAUUCAGUAUAUGGGCUGGAUUUCCUCGUGAAGUCAAGGUGCACGUCCUCUCGUUCCUGCGGCCCAAGGAGCUCGUGCGUGUUUCACGAGUCUCCCGCGAAUUCCACAGCCUUUGCUUCGAUGGCCAGUUGUGGACGAGUCUCGAUGCCUCCGAGUUCUACCAAAAGAUCCCCGCAGAAUCCCUGGCCAAGAUUGUUGUUUCAGCCGGUCCUUUCAUGAGGGAUCUCAAUCUCAGGGGGUGUAUCCAGGUCGAGCAUCAUCAGCGAGCCGAGAUCGUGGUCGAGGCGUGUCGAAACCUGGUUAAUGCCACGUUGGAAGGGUGCCGGAACUUCAAGCGGUCGACCCUGCACACGCUGCUCAAGACCAACAACAGGCUCGCUCAUAUCAACCUCACCGGACUGAGCGCCGUCAGCAACGCCACCUGCAAGAUCGUGGCCAACUCGUGCCCGCAGCUCGAGGUAUUGAACGUCUCAUGGUGUAAGCACAUGGACGCCCGCGGAGUGAGAUUCGUCGUCGAGUCCUGCCCCCGACUCCGGGACCUUCGUGCCGGCGAGGUCAAGGGUUUCAACCUCCCGGAUGUGGCGACGGCUAUAUUCCGCACGAAUAACCUGGAACGGCUUGUGCUUUCCGGCUGCGACGACCUAACGGACGACAGCCUGCGGCUCAUGGUCCACGGCCCGGAACCGGAAAUCGACUACCUCACGGACCGCCCGAUGGUGCCGCCGCGGAACCUUCGCCAUCUCGACCUGACCCGGUGCUCUCGCCUCACGGAUGACGGCGUCAAAGCCCUCGGCCACUUUGUCCCCGGCCUCGAAGGACUCCAACUGUCCGGGGUCUCUGCCCUGACCGAUGCCGCCCUCGAGCCCAUCCUCGCUUCGACACCGCUGCUGACCCAUCUGGAGCUGGAAGACCUCCCCCAGCUCACUGACAGGUUGUUUUCUCAACAUUUGGCCAAAGCCCCCUGUGCACCUAGGCUUAAGCACCUCAGCAUCAGCUACUGCGAGAACGUGGGCGAUGUCGGCAUGUUGCCCGUACUCAAGACAUGCACGCGCCUGCGCAGCGUCUACAUGGACAACACGUUAAUCAGCGAUCUAUCUCUCACCGAGGCUGCCGCGAUGGUGCGUCAGCGUGGCGCAACCGCUGUCGCUGAUGGCAAGGUUGCCGUCGGCGCCCUACCCAAGGUCACGCUGCGCUUGGUGGCGUAUGACUGCCCGGCCGUGACCUGGGCUGGUGUCCGCGAGGUGCUGAACCGGAACACCACCGCUCUGCCAACCCCCGCGGUUGAAGGGGAGGGUGUCAAGGAUGAGUCCAUGGUGACCGUCAACGCCAUCUCCUCACCACCCGGUUCCGCUUCCUCAUCCUCCACCUCAUCCACUACCUCUCUCUCCGCUCAGCCCCCCGAGAUCAUCUCCCUCCGCUGCUUCUACUCCUACCAGAUGACCGUCGACGAACAUCUCAAGCGUGUACUUGAAGGCGACCCAGCCGGCGCCCGCGAAUUAGAGCGCAAGUGGGCCGAGUUCAUCCAGGCCAGCCAGGAAGUCGGUGCUGCUGUCGGCGGGGGCGCGGCGGCUGCUGUAGCGAGACGGCGGAGGAGGAGACGCGCGAGGGAGGCUCAGGCUAUCUUGCAGGCUGCGCAGGGGGGUGAGAAUGGUGGGGGUGGGAAUGGACAUGGACAUGAGGAUGGGAAUGGGGAAGGGAACGAGGAAGGUGGAGGUGGAAAUGGCGAUGGAGGACGGAGAAGAGCGAGGGCCAUGGCUUGUGCGGUGAUGUGA